CUAAAUUUAGCAUCUUGUUCACUUGGCAACUGUAGGGGGAAGCUUGAAAUUUUGAGUGUGGAUUGUUGUCAUCUUGUCAUUUUAAGAUUAGACUAUAAGAGGAGACUAGUAUCAAGAUGACAGACCGAGAUUUAGCCCGAGAGAAGGCAGCUAAGCUGUUAAAGAAGCAGGGCUCGGUGUCUUCAUUAGCCAGUAGUGAAGUUAUCAAGUUCCACAAAGUCGGAUCUAUGAGCACAGUUUCUGUAACCGAGGACACGGGGCACCAUGACUUUAAACCUCCAGUCAGAUUCGAAAAUACAUAUCAACUUACACCAAACAAGAGAUUUCCAUCCGCCAAAGUGAAGAACGUCAUUCGAGAUGUGAUUGAAGGGUACUUAGCAGAAGAGAAAUAUGAACCAGAAUUGUGCAGACAAAUGACCAAAACAUUAUCAGAGAUCAUUAAGGCAAGGGUCAAAGAAAUGAUGAUCCCUCGAUUCAAAAUAAUCUGCACAGUUCACAUAGGAGAAUUAAAAAACUCAGGAUUGUGGGUAGGAAGCAGGUGCUUAUGGGAUGCGUCAUGUGACACUUAUUCUACUUUUGAAUAUCGCAACAAGACACUGUUUGCUAUAGGAACUGUAUUUGGAAUCUAUUAUGAGUAAAAGUGAUAUUGCAAGAAGAAUAUAACUGCAUUCAUUGUCAAAUUCAUUGCAAUCAGCAAGCUUAGUGAGAUAAUGCUCGAUUCCUGGACUUUGUUGGACGCUGUAUUUUGAUACCAGUGUGAAGGGUAUAUAUUAGGUAUUAGCCAAAGUAUCUUUUCUAAAGGCCAUGACUGGAAAUUAAGAUACAAAAAAAGUGUUGUUUUGGGGAAGUAAGUAUAUUUUUAUAGAGCCUGAUUGUGACCAAGGUCUCACUUUGUACAUUUGUAAUGAAUAAAGCAUAUUUUUGUAAACAAUUGAAUAUUAUGACAGCAUCAUUGCAGUAUUCCAGAGGAAGUCAUAAAUCAGAGUUUUAUAUUUCUGCAUAAACUUUAUUUUUAAAAGAUUAUUUGAAGUUAAUUAAGAGCUGUUGUUUACUUAGGAGUGGUUUUUGGCCAUUUGUAUGAUGGAUUUUGUUUGUGAGGUGCAGUUGUUCAAGUAUUGGUAAUUGAACAAGAUUUUUUUUUCUGUAAAGCAUUAAGCAGCAUCUGUUGUAUAUGGUAUUUAUACAGAACUUUUAUAAUUGUAUAAUGAUAACAAGAAGUUGAUAUUUUCAGUGAUUUUUCACAUUUUGUACAUUGGCUGUCCCUCUGUCUGAUUCUGUUACUAUGUGUCAGUAUUAUGCCUGGGUUGCCUUUGUAAUCAAUUUACUGUCAAUUCCUUUUCUGUUACAUGAAAUGUUAAAUACUUAGCCAACCAACAUUUAACAUUUUUUACUGUUGCCAAGUCUUAGCAUUAUAACCCAAGUCAAAUAAAUUAUUUAAGGUUAUCUGUAGGUUAUCUCCCUUGCCAAAAUUAAUCAAGACCCAGUGUGAUAACUCAAAUUAAUUGUAGGAGAACAGUGAUCCUUUUUCCAUAUAAAUUAUAAUUAAAACUACUAUUGUAAAUAAGAUUUAAUGGUGUUGUUGUUGAAUAUUGGUAUAUCAUACAUCAGUUCUGUGACAUUUUUACGUAAUUACUGUGAUAUUAAGAACGAAUCAUUUUUAUUGAUUUCUUGUGCAUUACAAACAUCUUCUGAUUUAUUUCUUACUAUAUAUUUUCUAUGCGUUAUAUAUAUUUAUUAUUUUACAGACCCUUUUUCUAGCAAUAAACUGUCUCAGUGUUCGAUUUUCCAGUGUAUAUUUGAAGAAUGUGAUAUAGAUCAUGUAUAUUUUUCAUUUCCAUUACUGUAGACAAAUAAUUUGUUCUAGUAGAAUGACUAAUUGUUCAAUAUACAUGUAUGACUUUGAUUGUUGCAGAUCAAGCAGAGCUUCUGUGCAACUGUGCUCUUUUUGUGUUCAUAGUCAGAAUAUAUCUAUAUAAGGUUAUUUGUUAAUACCUUCCAUUUUUGUAGUCACUGAAAGCACUCAGCCCUUUCUAGACAUGAAAAAUUCAAAUAAAUGCUUUAGAAGAAACAAAA